AUGUCCUCCUUCCCCAAAGCGCGCAAAAGCAACAUCACCAAUGUCAGCGUGACACCCGAAAAAUGGGAUGCGUACCCGGAGGUCUCGCGCUCCACUCUCUCCGACAGCACAUUCAUCAACCUAAGCUCGGCCACGCAAAUCAGCACCUCGACAAUCGCCAACUCGACACUGGAGGAUUUGCCAAACGAGGCAAAGAUCAAAAAUAACAAUGUGAGUCACUCGCAGGUGCAGGACUCGGCCAUCUUUUCGUCGCAGAUCGACCGGUCCAAGCUCGAGAACUGCACAGUCACAGACUCGGUCGUCAACAAAUGCACACUGAAAGGCUGUAUCGUAGACCCGCGGAAUCGGGUCGAGCGCACCACUGCCAGCGCGACCAAGUUUAUGGGCGCCAAGGUUGUUAAUCGCUCGCAGCUCGAGGAUAGUGACAUUCUCAGCGGGAGCACGGUUGAGCGCUGCAUUGUGCGGAACUCGGUUGUUGCAGAGGGUGCAGUCUGUGAUCGGACAAAGAUGGACAAUGUCGCUGUUACAAGAAGUCGGGUGGACAGAUCGAAUCUGUCGAAUUGUGAUGUGAUGGACUGUGUUAUGGAUAGGACGACUUUUGGAUGGAUGACCCUCAGGUACGGGAUAUGGAAGAACGGGGAUCUGGUCGGCCGUACGAGUACGACUGAGGAGGUUGUUAUCAAACCGAGAACCAAACCAAUGCAAAAAUCGGCGGACUUGUCGUCGUCGUCUACUGCAGAGCCGCUGCCGGUUGCUCAACCGCUGCGAGCAGCGUCUCCUAUGCGAGAGUCGGGCUGGAAGGCCGCAGAAGCUGCCGGUGAGCAACUAGACGACAGCGACCGCAUAAACGAUUCACUGUCCAGCGAGGACGAGGAGUCGACUGACGACGAGUUGAUCGGGGCCGGCUCUAAAUCCAAGCCUAAAGCCAAACCCACAGCCCCAACGGUGCACAUCAACAGGCCGGCGUCGAUCACAGAUGUGCACGAUCCACCUCCGCCGUAUGAGGCUUGA